GUCAUAGUUUGCCUUCAAAAAUUUGAUGUCUCGAUGAACGACUUGGAGCAACUCUUGUACAAAUUUUAAUAUUCCAGAGUAUACCCUGAAUAUAAUUUUACGGGUUUAUAAUGGCGACCACAGUGGACAAGAUAAAAGAAAUCGAAGCCGAAAUGGCUCGAACUCAGAAAAAUAAGGCGACGUCUUACCACCUUGGACAGCUGAAAGCAAAGCUCGCUAAACUAAAACGCGAACUCCUCACACCUUCCGGUGGAGGUGGCGGAGGUGGUGUGGGCUUCGAUGUUGCUAGGACAGGCGUUGCUAGUGUUGGCUUCAUUGGCUUCCCUUCAGUGGGCAAGAGCACGCUCAUGAGCAGGUUGACUGGCCAGCACUCAGAGGCAGCUGCCUAUGAAUUCACGACUCUCACUACUGUUCCUGGACAGGUCAUGUAUAAUGGCGCAAAGAUCCAGAUUCUUGACCUGCCAGGUAUCAUUCAAGGCGCGAAGGAUGGAAAAGGUCGAGGUCGACAGGUUAUUGCAGUCGCUAAAACCUGUCAUCUCAUUUUCAUUGUGUUGGACGUCAACAAACCUCUGACAGACAAGCGUAUUAUUGAACAGGAAUUGGAAGGCUUCGGCAUCCGUAUUAAUAAGGAACCCCCAAACAUUGUCUUCAGAAAGAAGGACAAGGGAGGCCUCAACAUUACCAGCACAGUCCCUCUUACGCACAUCGAUCAUGAUGAGAUCAAGGCGGUCAUGUCCGAGUAUAAGAUUUCCUCCGCAGACAUUGCUAUUCGGUGCGACGCCACCAUCGACGAUUUGAUCGAUGUCCUCGAAGCAAAGAGCAGGGCUUAUAUACCUGUGAUCUACGCGCUAAACAAAAUCGACUCGAUAUCUAUUGAGGAGCUGGAUCUAUUGUACCGCAUACCGAAUGCGUGCCCGAUUAGCUCAGAACACGGCUGGAACAUCGACGAGUUACUGGAGAUGAUGUGGGAGAAGCUCAAUCUUCGUCGAGUCUAUACGAAGCCCAAGGGCAAGAUGCCGGACUACUCGGCACCGGUCGUCCUGCGGUCGACCGCUUGUACCGUGGAGGAUUUUUGUAACUCCAUUCAUAAAAGUAUCGUGGAGCAAUUUCGUAUCGCCAUAGUUUAUGGCAAAAGCGUCCGUCACCAACCACAGAGAGUUGGCUUGACUCAUGAGUUAGCUGAUGAAGACAUAAUCACAAUUAUCAAACGAUGAUCGGGUACCAUACCAAAGGUCGCGAUAGCCACAAAUAGCGCCGAGGAUGGAGAUAGGUUGGACAGCCUGGUCACGAGGCCAGCAUUGGACUCCUUACAACGUCAUCAACAACAGUCGAAUGGCGCAACCCGUCUGCCACAGCGGCGACUAUCGUGGCCGGAGAAGGAACCAACCGCGUUGCAAAAGCCAUGCGGGAGUAGAGGUCAUUUGAGUGGACACGCAUCUGGAAUUGAAAGUACCUCAGUCCAGUCGCACUAGGUCUUGGUAUAGAUGAUGUCUCAUCCCUCAAAGUCAAAAGGCUUUCUUAUGCGAAUCGCUGGCAUCGUGGCGUAACACAUAACCAAUUAAAAUGCGAAGCUCGUAUGCCUGUCUUAUUUGGUAAACCCGUUGCAUUGCAUCUCUCCACACAAUCAAUCUAUUGCCCGGGUUGAAUCUUGCAAUGAGGCAACGGGGCCCAGAGGGCUUUUGAUUUUCGUUGCCUGAUGAGGAGAGCAGGGCGUGCUCGUCAUGGGCAGAGGCUUACGUCGAUCGUAUGCGCACGAAAAGCGCCAGUCCUGCUUAUCUAGGGGGCCCCUGGGCCUGGCCAUCUUGUGUCAAGUCAGCAAAGACCUGUUAAAAUCCUCGGAAAUAUGCGACAUCGGCGUCAAGCCCCCCUGAGGCUGUCAUUCGUCAAAAGCAAGAAGAGACCAGUUUUAUGAUUGGCUCGGAAGAAUUUCAAUUUCUUUCCAGGGCGGUUUUAGUGAGCUUUUGCCCGCCCGCGUGGGAGGGGAAAACGCUUCGGGGGUUGUCUAGCAGUCGUGAGCAGAGCGGCCGGAGCGCCGAUCGAAUGGCCAGAAAGUUUAGCUGCCGAUGAGCCUUUUUUGUCGAUUCAAGUCUCGAUCCCGUUUUGGGCAUCCAGACUGUCUUUGCUCAUCGAAAGAAAGAUUGGACUGCUGCUACUGCUGGGCAUUGGAGCUCGUGUUGGGGGGGCCGACGGAGAGAUCGCGUUCAAAGCAGGCAAGCCACGGAGUGUGUCAAGUCGUACAGCAUCAUCCUCGUGGUGAUUUCUGCUUCAGGUCUUUUCGGUAACGCUGCGCUGGGAAAAUGCUGGGGGAGCCUCUUUUUUUUUUUCCUCCUUCGAAGAGUCAAUCGCAGCGCAGGAGCUUCGCCGCCGUAGCAGCCGUUAGUCUCGUUUUCCCCAUGUGAGGAUUAUUUCGGUUUUCAUGAUUUCUUUUCCGUACCUGACAUGCCAGCCACUCAAAACGCCCUGCUCUGGCUGUACUAAAAGUAUCGGACCAUACAGCAUUGCAGGACCAGCUCUGGCCGUCGUACUUUCAAUAUAUCGGUGGGGAACCUGGACUGGCGAGCCACACACGUCUCCUGUCGCUGCUGU